AUGGCCAUCUACACCCAUCCCCGAUCCUGCAGGACACCCGCCAUCUUAUAUGCCAUCCUCCAUUUAUUCCUGGCUUCACAAGUCCAUGGGCUUGCCAUCUCCUAUUGUUCACCGGAGAACAAUGCUGGCUCAUUUCCAGCUUACAACUAUAUCUACCAAUCCAACGGAGAGUGUCAGACACAUUGUGGAGGUGACUAUGCCUUUGCUGUGAUCCAAGGACUCAAUUGUUGGUGCUCCAACUACAUACCAUCAGACCAAGUCAGCACAUAUGACUGCAAUCAAGCAUGUCCUGGCUUCCCAGACGAAUGGUGUGGCUCGACCGAUGCUGGUCUAUAUGGAUAUUUCGCACUGGGCUCCAUUACACCUCUGGGUACCUCUGCUGGAUCUGCUGCUUCCAAGACUUCAUCCUCGACUUUUAUAUCCACCACUCGAGAUUCCUCAUCAAUCACAUCUUCCGGCCCAGCAUCAUCACCGACGGAAGUCUACACGAGCGUCACCACGGUGACUGGGGAAGUGCGCACCGUCAUCAUCACACCAAGUCCCACAGCCACUGCUGAGGGUACACUCGGACAAUCAUCUACUGGAGACGGUGGCGGCGGCGUCAACACGGGGAAAGUGGUCGGCAUAGUACUCGGAGUUGUCCUCGGAUUAUGUGCACUCAUAGGAAUUGCGGUUUGGCUCUGGUUCAGACGGCGGCGUCAAAGCCGAGACCAGGCUUCGGGCACGGAGAGUACCUUUACCAACAAUCACGGCGAAAAGUCACCGUCGAACAACGUCCCAUCGCGGCAAGUUAGUCAACUGUCGUCCUCGGGUUUGCUGGGAAACAAGGCACCUCGACUCAAUAUAGCAGGAAUUCCACCGGGCAAUGAUCCGAGAAGCGCCGACCCCUCGUCGUCUGCAUUUGAUCGGAGAAGCUUGGGGACGGAUCAAAGGCUCAAUCCAUAUGCCUUGUAUAUUCACGACGAGGCCCGCCAUAGCGACGUGUCUCUGCAGGACAAUCAAGACUAUUCGCGACAGUUAAGGGUUGCGAAUCCGGACCCUUGA